UUUCAGUUUGCAUCGAGCCACACGAGUUGGUGGUGUCGCUUGAGAGUAGAGAAAGCCACCGAGCAAACUUUUUCUCAUACUAAAAUGACUUGGAGCGGUUUGCCGAUCUGCCUGCCGCUGCUGCUGCUGCUACUGCUAAUCGGAUCAACUGCAUCGCAGCAAUUGAACAUAUCAGCGCUGCCUUCAGGGGGCCCCACGCCAACAUCCAUUGUGCUGAAGCAGUCCCAGAAUACGUUCGUUCAAUGGGUUCUCUCACUGUUGCCGCAACGUCCCGCCGUGGCCACGGAGACCGCGACAGUGGCCACGCUGAGCAGUUCGGCGACAGCGCCCACUGAGACGCCAGCUGAGUCAACGACAACCACAACACAGGCGCCCACAACGACUCGAAAGGCCACCACGCCGGCGCCACCGACGCUGAGUCCGCCAAGGAAUUGCAGCGACUGCGUCUGCGGCGUGGCCAACAUACAGAAGCGCAUUGUCGGCGGCCAGGAGACGGAGGUGCAUCAGUAUCCCUGGGUGGCCAUGCUACUCUAUGGCGGACGUUUCUACUGCGCCGGCUCGCUGCUGAACGAUCAAUUCCUGCUGACGGCCUCGCACUGUGUCUACGGCUUCCGCAAGGAGCGCAUUUCGGUGCGUCUGCUGGAGCACGAUCGCAAGAUGUCGCAUCUACAGAAAAUUGAUCGCAAGGUCUCGGAGGUAAUCACGCAUCCCAAGUACAAUGCCCGCAACUACGACAACGACAUUGCCAUCAUCAAGCUGGACGAGCCCGUGGAGUUCAACGAGGUGCUGCAUCCAGUCUGCAUGCCGACGCCGGGGCGCAGUUUCAAGGGAGAAACAGGCGUCGUCACCGGCUGGGGUGCAAUCAAAGUGGGUGGCCCCACCUCUGAUACGCUGCAGGAAGUUCAGGUGCCUAUUCUAUCGCAAGACGACUGCCGCAAGAGUCGCUACGGUAACAAGAUCACGGACAACAUGCUCUGCGGCGGCUACGAUGAGGGCGGCAAGGAUUCCUGCCAGGGCGACAGCGGCGGCCCGCUGCACAUCGUGCCAAACGGCACACGCGAAUUUCAAAUCGCUGGAGUCGUCUCGUGGGGCGAGGGCUGCGCCAAGGCUGGCUAUCCAGGUGUCUAUGCGCGAGUGAAUCGCUACGGCACCUGGAUCAAGAACCUCACCAAACAAGCCUGCCUGUGCCAUCAAGAGACCAAGAAGAUCAAGUAAUUGGCACAGAGUUCAGCAUUCGUCGUUCACUUGCAGAGGCUGCCACAACUGAAGAUAUGAGGCGAAUGAAUACUCUACAAUUAGAUUUGAAUUCGAUGCUUUGAUUGGACGAAAUUCAAGUUUUUUGAUUCGAAAACUUUCGUUAUUUUUCGUGAUAUA